GCAGGCGCAGAGCGGGCCGGAAAAAUGGCGGCUGGGUUCAAAACUGUGGAGCCGCUGGAGUAUUACAGGAGAUUUCUGAAGGAAAACUGCCGUCCUGAUGGAAGAGAACUUGGUGAAUUCAGAGCCACAACUGUCAACAUAGGUUCAAUCAGUACAGCGGAUGGCUCUGCUCUCGUGAAGCUGGGGAAUACCACGGUCAUUUGUGGCGUUAAAGCAGAAUUUGCAGCACCACCAGUAGAUGCCCCCGAUAGAGGAUAUGUCGUGUUUCUUUCAGUCCCUAAUGUGGAUCUACCACCGCUGUGUUCUUCGAGGUUCCGGACAGGACCUCCUGGGGAAGAGGCUCAAGUAACCAGCCAGUUCAUUGCAGAUGUCGUUGACAACUCACAGGUGAUUAAGAAAGAGGAUUUAUGCAUUUCUCCAGGCAAGCUUGCUUGGGUUCUAUACUGUGACCUCAUUUGUCUAGACUACGAUGGGAACAUUUUGGAUGCCUGCACAUUUGCUUUGUUAGCAGCUUUAAAGAAUGUACAGUUGCCUGAAGUUACUAUAAACGAAGAGACUGCUUUAGCCGAAGUCAAUUUAAAGAAGAAAAGUUAUUUGAAUGUUAGAACAAACCCAGUUGCUACUUCCUUUGCUGUGUUUGAUGACACUCUACUGAUAGUCGAUCCUACCGGCGAGGAGGAGCACCUGUCCACAGGAACCCUAACCGUAGUCACGGACGAGGACGGCAAGCUGUGCUGUCUUCACAAGCCAGGUGGGAGUGGGCUGACUGGAGCUAAACUUCAGGACUGCAUGAGUCGAGCGGUAACGAGACACAAAGAAGUGAGCAAGCUACUGGAUGAAGUAAUUCAGAGCAUGAGACACAAAUGAACAGACACCACGACUGCAAAACAGCUGUAAAAAUUGUAUUUGUUACACUGCACAGGCUUUUUAUACUAAAUAAAUACCUAAUUCCAUUCUUUGAAAGAUA